GAAAGCGUGACAGCAUGGAGCAGACAGGCAUGGUGCAGGAGAAAGUUCUACAUCCUAAUCUGCAGGCAGCAGGAGAAUGUGUGUCAUACUGGGAGGAGUUUGAACAGAUGAGACCUCAAGGCCUGCCCCCUCGUCGACAUACUUCCUCCAAAAAGGCCACACCUUGUCCAAGAAGGCCACACCUCCUAAUAUAGCCACUUCCUAUGGGCCAAGCAUUGAAACACCUGAGUCUUUGGACCAUUCCUAUUCAAACCGCCACAGCUAGACUUGGUAGAUUCAGCACAUUGCGAUACAAAUACUUAAUACUUGAGUUAUCUGGAGAAGGGAUAAUGGAAUACACCCAUGUAAGAUAAUCAAUUUAUGACUGUAUUAUACCCAGUAGAAUUCUAGCAUGAGAUCCUAAUAUAUGGAUCCUUGUUUAUCUCUUGUGGUGCAUUAUGCAAAUUCCAGGCCCAGGCCCAGAAGCACAUGUAUACCUCUAUGUCACAGUCCCAGAGAACCAGUAAUGCAACAUGAAAUAUUUUGCAAGGAGAGCCAACGUAAAUUCUCUUUCGAGCCGGUGGUGCAAGAGCUGUCAGGGUGGAAAUUUUCCUCUUCCCCAGGGACACCUUGAAACCUAAUGGGUUUGACCUUUAUUAGUGAGUCCUCUUCCUCUUUGAUGAGCAGAUCCAAAUGAGAUGGCACAAACCGAGUUCCAAGCAGUUUUGGGUGCUGUAGCAAAUUUGAAUCUCCACCUAUCCAGCCUGAUGUGAGACAUCAUAGGUUGGAGAGAAACUUAGAUGGAAACAGAUGGUAAAGUUAGCAUGUGGAUGGUUUUUGCUAGAGUUUUAUAAACCCUGUACCUAUUCCUCCCUGCUUCGUAACCUUCCUGCUGAAACCUAAAAGAAACAUGCACUCACCUCAAAUAGAGAAGGAGCAGACAGACCUAAGAAAGGUUCCACGCAACUCAACAUGUAAGUAAGUUUAUUAGUAUUGCUUAUGGGAGCACGAGCAACUUGUGAGCAACUGUACAGUAGAAAAGUCUUACCACCACUCUCGGGCAUUUUUUUUUAAACCUCUUUUCUUUGAGACAGAAUCCAGUGUAGCUGAGACUAGCCUUCAGCUCUCUCUAGAGCCAAGGUUGGCUUUGAACUCCUGAUCCUCCUGCAUCUUCCCUCCAAAUGUUGUGUUUACAGGUAUGCCCUAUCAUACUUACCUAUGUUACUAUAGCUCUGAUGGAACCUAGAAGGAGUUUCUUGUGACCCCUCCCCUCUUUAAGAGGAAAUGUUUGGGAGACCUGUGGUGCGUGCUGUGCUGUGGAGCCUUGUCCAGUCUGCUCUGUCCUGACUCACUGCUGUUCGCUCCUGCUGAGGAACAAGUCGGUCAGGAAGCCGCGCCUCAGCCAUGGCAUUUAAAGAUACCAGGAAGACUCCCGUGGAGCCCGAAGGGGCGAUUCACCGGAUUCGAAUCACGCUCACCAGCCGCAACGUGAAGUCGCUGGAGAAGGUUUGUGCGGACUUGAUCAGAGGUGCAAAGGAGAAGAAUCUGAAAGAGAAAGGACCGGUGCGCAUGCCUACCAAGACACUGAGAAUCACUACCAGAAAAACACCUUGCGGUGAAGGUUCCAAGACGUGGGAUCGUUUCCAGAUGAGAAUCCACAAGCGACUCAUUGACUUACACAGUCCUUCUGAGAUUGUUAAGCAGAUUACUUCCAUCAGUAUUGAGCCUGGAGUGGAGGUCGAAGUCACCAUUGCAGAUGCUAAGUCAACUGUUUAAAUAAAUUGACUUAAUUGUUAAAAAAAAAAAA